CCUCUUUCUUCAUAGAUUUUCAGCGAAAUUAAGUGCUAAGGUAGUACAGCAGAAACAUCAGAGAUGAGGAUGAGCUGUAAUGGAUGUCGAGUACUUCGAAAAGGUUGCAGCGAGAACUGCAGCAUCAGACCUUGUUUGCAGUGGAUCAAGAACCCAGAAUCCCAAGCCAAUGCCACUGUUUUCCUUGCCAAGUUUUACGGCCGUGCUGGGCUUAUGAACCUCAUUAAUGCCGGCCCUGAACACCUCCGUCCUGCGAUAUUUCGAUCGCUUCUCUAUGAGGCUUGUGGGAGAAUAGUGAAUCCAAUCUACGGUUCAGUUGGGUUGCUCUGGUCCGGAAGCUGGCAGCUAUGCCAAUCCGCGGUGGAAGCGGUUCUAAAGGGCGCUCCGAUUGUUCAAAUCUCAUCUGAAGCGGCUAUGAGCCCUUGCCCACCCAUGAAAGCGUACGAUAUACGUCACGUCUCCAAGGACGAGAACUCUGCGGCUUCUCAAGAGCUUCACAAGGUCAAGACUCGGGGCAGGUUCAAGCGUUCUGCAAUUAAGCCCAAGGCCAAGGUCGGUUCAGCCUCCGAGUUUAUCUCCGAACUGGGUACCGUCGCCGACCCGGUUACCACCACCAUCACCACCGAUAAGUGGCAGAGAUGCUACCCUGAAGAUGGCUUCAACCGCUCUUCAAGCCACGACCAUGAGUCGUCGGGGAGUCAUAGCCAUCAGACGGAGCUGAAUGGGGAAGGAGACCGAGACAGUCGAGAGACGGAAAGCACGUUCUCCGUUGAGACGGUGGAGCCGUCUCUUGUGAGCCGAGCCGACACUGCGAGAACUGUUAAAUCUAAUAACCAAACCGAUGAAAGCGAAGUGGAGUUGGAACUGACUCUCGGCUUCGAGCCGGUUCACCGCUCCGAUACCAAUCUCAGGAGACCCAACAAGGGAUGCAACCAAAUCAAUGGCUCUGGUGAUGACACAUGUAAGAUGGAGCUGAGCUUAGAUUAUCUUGCAUGAAUCGCGAUCCUUCCGUGGAGAGAGACACACCAAUUUUGGCGGAUUUUUCUCACAAAAUUCCUGAUAGCCCCUUCUUUUUUUUUAAGUUUAUCCUUUUCCUGUUAUUAGUCUUCUGUGUAUAAACCGUAAAAUGACAUACAUAGAGGGUUAGGUUAGAGGUUUAUACUUUUUUUUUUUUUUUUUUUUUUUUUUGGUUUGUUUUUUUGUUUUUUUAUACAAAUCAUGUAAUUAACCUGAGAGUCAUAUAUGGCUUUGGUUAUUUACAGUUUCUGGAAUUCCGAUUUUGCAAUUUAAUCCC